AUGAAGACACAAGGUUUUAUCGUAACCUUGUUCCUGAUCGGAAUCGUGUGUGUGACAGGUAGCAAAAGAGGAAUGAAGAUAGAGGAGAAGUGUAGCAGGUUGAGCAUCCAAAUAAGCCAAAGUCCGACGACUGAACUUCCAAACGGGAUUCCACAAUACAGAGUUGAGAUCGAGAAUACGUGUACUGACUGCGCCAUUUCUCAAAUUCAUAUAAACUGUGGCAUGUUCAGUUCUGCGCGUCUCAUCAACCCUAAAAUCUUCAAACGCCUUCGCUACAAUGAUUGUCUCGUUAAUGAUGGCAAAACCUUACGCAGUGGUGCCGUUGUUUCCUUCACAUAUGCCACCACCUUCGCUUAUCCUCUCUCUGUUUCGUCUGUGCUUUGUGCUUAA